GAUAUAGUCGCAUUGAUCAUUGAGUAUAAAUUCAAGCAGGUUUACUUGGUAGACUUUGUAGUCCUCUGCAUUGGACGAUUCAGUGGUAUUCCAAAGAUUCCUAAAUUUCCUCCGAACAAGGGUCCAGAAGAAUUUCAUGGUAAUGUCAUACACUCGAUCGAAUAUGCUUCCAAGGAUUAUGAAAGCGCUGCUGAAUUUGUGAAAGGAAAGCAAGUAACAGUUGUUGGGUUUCAGAAAUCUGCAUUGGACAUUGCAAUGGAGUGCUCAAAUGCAAAUGGGGUAGAACAUCCAUGUACAGUGUUGUACAGGACAGAACAUUGGAAUCUUCCUGCCGGUGUGCCUUUCGCACACCUAUACCUCAAUCGCUUCUCGGAGCUUUUGGUUCAUAAGCCUGGUGAAGGCCUCCUACUCAAUCUCCUUGCAACAAUUCUUUCACCUAUGAGAUGGGCAUUUUCAAAAUUUGUUGAAAGCUACAUAGAUAAGAAGCUUGGAUUAUCCAAGUAUGGAAUGGUACCUAAGCAUAGUUUCCUUCAAGAUAUUAGUUCCUGUCUGAUCUCAGCCAUGCCUGAAAAAUUCUAUGACCGAGUCCAAGAAGGAAGCAUUUUACUUAAGAAAUCUCCCAAAAGCUUCAGCUUUUGCCGAGAAGGCAUUUUGGUUGAAGGAGAAAACUCCCUUGUAAAGACAGAUUUGGUCAUAUUGGCUACUGGAUUUAGAGGUGAUGAGAAUCUUAAAGACAUCUUUGUGUCACCAACAUUUCAAGACAACAUAGCUGGAUCACCUACGUCCAUUUUACCUCUCUACAGGGGAUGCAUCCAUGGACGAAUUCCACAACUAGCUGUAAUUGGAUUCGGCGUCAGUAUCUCAAACUUGUACACAUCCGAGAUGAGGUGCAGAUGGCUAGCAGAGCUUCUUGGAGGCACAUUCAAGGUACCAAGCAUAAAAGAAACGGAGAAAGAUGUGAAACAAUGGGAUGAGUAUGCCAAGCGAUACUCCAGAAAAUACUACUGGAGAUCAUGCAUCGGAGCGCUUCAUAUAUGGUACAAUGACCAAUUGUGCAAGGAUAUGGGAUGGAAUCCCAAAAGGAAGAAGGGACUUCUUGCUGAACUAUUUGAGCCUUAUGGCCCAACGGAUUAUAUUUCCUCUUAAAUGAUGCUAUCAACUGUAUAAUCACAUAAUGUAGAUUAUAAGCAAAUAAAAAACAAAAUGAAAACAUUUUUUGGUAAAAAAAAAAAAAGAAUAAAAAAAAAGCAGUAUUGUAAUUG